AUGCCACAAUUUACACAAACUACUCCUAACAAUACUCAUGUUGUUCCUUUCUUCACCAAAGAGCAGUAUCAACAAAUUCUUCAGAUGUUAUCCAAAGGGAAUGAAGAGGGGCCAGAAUCAUCUACCAAAUUAGCUGCUACAGGGAGUGUAAUAUCUGUAUCAGAUAAAGGUACCUCAUCAGUACUUAGAAAUAACAAUAUCUCUAAUGAUUUCUAUAGUGGUCAGGUGAAAGGGAUUGAUAAGGAGGACCAUGUAUGUCCCAGAGUUGUUAGCAAGUUUUUACCAAGAGCCAUCCCUGUUGUCUUCCUAGAAGAAAUCUUUCCAUUCAAGCAUAUGUUAUCUCCUUGUAGCACUAUCUUUCUUAUACUAGAUCUGCUCUCACCAAUUAGUGCCACAGAUUUUUCUCCUGUUACUGAUGUUCCUCUAUAUGAGGUUGAUAUUACAUCUGAGGGGGAUGCUCCUCUUUCUCCAGUUGUUGUUCCUCAUCACACACCAGACUAUUCUACAAGUCCUACAUAUCCUGCAGGCGACCUCUCAAAUAAUGCAGCACCUGCUGAUACCCAUGCUGAGGCUCACCUUGAUUCUACAAAAGUUCUUAAUGUUGCAGAACGAGUUGCAGUAGUUAACUCAUUUGAUGUUGUGCCUGAUCAAGUUAGAAAAUCCUCCAGGCCUAGUCAAUCAGCUUAUUCAUCAUGUUCUGAGCCUCAGUCCUUCAAUGAGGCAGCCACUAAUCCUCAGUGGGUAAAAGCUAUGAAGCUGGAGAUUGCAGCCUUAGAAGAAAAUAAAACCUGGAGCAUAGUUGUUCUGCCCUAUGGAAAAAUACCAAUAGGGUGCAGGUGGAUCUUCAAAAUAAAGUACAAGGCUUCAGGUGAGGUUGAAAGAUACAAGGUCAAACGUGUAGCCAAAGGUUACAGUCAAAUGGAAGGGCUAGACUACAGUGAAACAUUCUCCCUUGUAGCCAAGAUGAAGAAGUUCAAGAUGAAGGACUUAGGGGAGCUGAAAUUCUUUCUAGGAAUUGAAUUUGCUAGAUCAAAGAAAGGAAUCCUUAUAUGUCAAAGAAAGUAUGCUUUAGAGUUGAUAUCUGAAGCAGGCUUGGGUGGAGCAAAGCCUUCCCGGAAGACCAUUAGAGUUGAAUCAAAAACUCACAUCUGUCUUGAGUCAGUAUAUACACUGUCCCAAGGUGUCACAAUAGAAGUUUCUCUUAGAGUAGUGAGAUAUAUCAAAAGAGCACAAGGCUUGGGGUUACUUAUGCCUGAAGAAAGUACAGACAAGCCGGUUGCCUACUGUGAUUCUGAAUGGGGAUCAUGUAUAGAGUCAAUGAGAUCAAUUACUGGGUACUUGGUCAAAUUUGGAAAUGCACUAGUGUCUUGGAAGUCAAAGAAACAAGUGACUGUGUCCAGAAGUUCAGCUGAGGCUGAGUUUAGAGGUAUGGCUUCAUGUGCAGCAGGAGUCACUUGGAAGGUAGGGCUUUUUAAGGAACUUGAAGUUAGAAUUCAGCAGCCUAUAAGUCUAAUAUGUGAUAGCGAGGUUGCGAUACAAAUAACUACUAAUCCUAUCUUCCAUGAAAGGACCAAAUAUGUUGAUAUUGAUUGUCAUUUUGUUAGGGAGAAAAUAUGUCAAGGACUGCUGAAGACAGAGUAUGUACACACUAAAGAUCAGCUAGCAGAUUUACUGACAAAGAGCUUGGGGAAAUUUCAACAUGAUUGUUUACCGAACAAGCUAGGAGUGAAGAAUGGGCGGCUCAAUAAGUUUGGUGGCCUAAAGCCAAACUUUAAUGGGAGGCCAUAA